AAAUUGCUUCAUUGAUUCCAUCCAUUCUCAAACAACUGAAAUAGUUUUUGUUUUCGUCAACGGCGGCUAGUUGCCGUUUCUUCUGCUUCAUUUAAUUGGCGAACCCUUCACAUCACCUUCAUCACACUCAUUUGUUUUUUGUUUUUAACAUCUUCAAAGCCCCUAUAUAAGGAAUCUUUCACUUUUAACACAACUUCACAAACUUUCCCUCAUUUCACUCUUAAACUCUAAACCCCAACUCUCCAGAUUCCAUAUUGCAAACAAUGGGGUCAUUGGAUUCAAAAGAAUCACCUGCCAAUAACCCAGGCCUUCAUUCUCCCCCUGAUGAAGCCACCAAAGGCUACAUCAUGCAGCAAACCAUGUUUCGAAUCAAGGAUCCAAAACGUACUCUUGAAUUUUAUAGUCGCGUUUUGGGCAUGUCGUUGCUAAACAAAGUGGAUGUUCCAUAUAUGAAAAUGACAUUGUAUAUGAUGGGCUAUGAGGAUGUUUCAUCAGCUCCAACUGACCCAGUUGAGAAAACUAUUUGGACAUUUGGAAGACCAGCUACUAUGGAAUUAACACAUUUCUGGGGUACUGAAAACGACCCUGAGUUCAAAGGAUACCACAAUGGGAAUUCAGAACCUAUUGGCUUCGGGCACAUUGGCAUCACCGUAGAUGACAUGUGUAAGGCAUGCGAGAGAUUUGAGAGUCUUGGAGUAGAGUUUGUCAAAAAACCAAGCGAUGGUUAUGCAUUCAUCAAGGACCCCGAUGGUUACUGGAUUGAGAUCUUUGAUUUGAAUGGAAUUAGAGCAAUAGUUAACACUUUAGCUUAAGCUAGUGCUUCACCGAGUUCAGGAAACAAGGGUAUGGCAUAUGUAGUAGGUUUCGUUCGUUGUCGUGAUUCUAGUGUUAUAAUGUCUGCUCCUAUACAUUAAUCCCUUUGCUUUCUGGAACUUAUUGAAGGACAAAAUUCGGUGAAAUCUUACUUGAAGUACAUUUCAUUUCUAUUGUGUAUAUGUUUUUUGUAUGUUUGAUAUGUACAACAAGCACGACAAAGUGUAAAAAUAAAAAAAUUGUAAGAGAAAACUCAAUCUUGAGAUUUACUAAAA